AUGUAGUAAAUGUAGCAGCCAGAAGAAAAUCUAUAGCCUAUUUAGAUAUACCAAGAUAUUUUGGGUAAUUCUUUUGAAAAGAUCAAAAAGAAUCUUCCUAAAAAAUAUCUUGGAGUCAAAGACCUAGUUCAGAAAAUGCAAAACCAUGUGAUGUAAGACCCUGCUCAUAAAUUGGAUGCAAACAGAUAUUUCAUCAUUUAUAAACUAGCAAUCAAUACCAAAUAACCAAAGUUGAUAGAAGUUUCUUUAAAAGCAAUUCAACAACUAAUUAGCUAUAAUUUCUUGAACGGUAAUUGUCCAGAUUACACUUUAGAAGUUAAUUUAGAGGAGUUUAAAGAUCUCCAUGACCCUUUCCCUCUCAGAGAUUAGCUAAAUACGAGAAAAUUAAUAUCUACAAUAAUGGAUAUGAUGGUUUCUCUUACGAAUGAAAAGGAUGAAAAUCAUUAAAUGUUAGUUAUUAAGAUAUUUGUCCUAUUAGCAACUCACAUUCAUACAGAAAUGCAUGGAAUUCAUAUAUCAGCUGCUAUCCAAACAAUCAUCAUAUAUUACUCUCAAACUAGAAAUAGUCAAGUAGAGAAACUUGCUAAAUAAGCACUUUAGCAGAUCAUAAAUUAUAAUUAUUAGAAACUUUCCUUAAUAGAAGGAGAAAAAAUCAAAAAAUAGUUGUUUGGUAAUGGUUUUUUUAUAGGAAAUGCAUAGCAAUUGUAAUAGCAAAGAGAAAGAGGGAGAACAACUUAGGAUUAAAGUGUUAUUUAAAAAGAAAGAUCUCCUUCUCCUAACCAAACAAAUAUGACAAAAUAAUUAAUAUCUAUUAGAGGUGAUACAACUCUAAUGCAGCAGAAUCAAUUAAAUUAAAAAGAGUUAUCGCCAAUUAACAAUAUCCUCAAAUCAUAAGAAGAUGCUUAAGAUGCAGAUAUGAGUGGAUAUUUUGAUGGUGUAAACAGCUUUUCUAAAAAUCAAAACUUUAUGUUUUAAGGAAUUAGAAAGAAUAAUGAUAAAAAUUAGCCUACUUUUGAUACAAUUUGUCUAGAUACUCUCAUCAAUAUAGUAGACGAUGUUUGCAUUUAUGAAGCAAGGAAAGAUGCUAUAGUUGAAAAAAUUAACCAAGAUGAAAAUAUUCCAAGCGAUUAGAAGUAAAAUUACAUAUAGGUAGAAUUAUAAAAUAUUCCAACAAGAGUUGUGCCUACACAACUUGAUCCUAAUGAUCCAUAAUAUUAUAGAGUACUACCCAUUAACUCAGACCAAUUAGUAAAUGAAAACGAUUAACCUGCUGGAUUAUUUGGUUGGUGCUCAAAAUGUAGAAAUACUGCAAAUUAUUAUUGUAAAGAUCUUCGUGUACCUGUAUGCUCUAUUGAGUGCAAAAUUAGCUACUAAUAAAUGAAUGAAGCAGUAAAUAAAAGAUUCUAUGAUUAUUAAAAGAACUCCAAAAUAGCAUUUGAAGAUUGUCUAUCAAUUCUUCAAUCUCUUUCAUAUCUCUUAAUAGCUCCUUCAGAAUAAGUGCUAGGUAUAUCUACAUCUUCAUUAGAAAAUGCUAAAAGUAGUGUAAGACUUAAAGUGAUUACAUUGGAAAUGAUUUAUGCAAUUUUCGAUUUAAGAGAUUCAACUUUUUUUAGAAAAGAGCAAGCAAUAAAAGUUAUUAAGGAAAAGCUAUUUGAUGGAAUAUUAAAAUGUUGUUUAAACAAUGAAAAGAGCAUCUUUUCUCUUUCAUUUGGUAUUUUCCUGUAGCUUCUUAUUUACCAUAAGGAAGAAUUUAAAAAUGAAAUAUCUAUAUUCAUUAAUGAAAUUUUCUUACAGCUACUUGAAAGCCCUAACUCUAGUUCAAACCACCGCCAUUUAGCUUUAUAGGUUCUUAACAAAGCCUUUUAAAAGACAAGGGUUGUUUUAGAUUUUUAUGUCAACUAUGAUUGUUCGUUUAACUAAGUUUAACUUGUUGAUAGAAUUGUCUCUAUUUUAAGUAAAAUCGCAACUGGAUUGUAUUCAAGACCAGAAUUUUAAAUGAUGAUUUAGCCAAAUUAGGAAUUGUUACUUAGACAGUAUGCUGUCGAAACAUUAGCCCUUAUGAUGAGAUCAAUAUAUGAAUAUUUUGAUAACUACACUUAAUAAUAAGAUAGCUAAAACUAGAAUUAAAUUAAUGGAUAAAGUAAAAAUGAUGUGCUUAAUGGAGGUAAAAAUUUAGAUGAGACAACAAUUAUGCAAAUAGAGGAAAACAGAGAAAUUAUAAAAAUAGAUUUAAAUGACCAUUAAAAUUAGAUCGAAAAAGAACAUAUAAUUAAAAUAGAAACUCAAAGAGCUAUUCAAAAGUUUAAUAAAAAGCCAAGUCUAGGUAUAAAGCAUUUGAUUUAAACAGGUAUUAUUCAGCCAGAUGAUGCAGUAGGAAUAGCUAAAUUUUUAAUCGAAAACCCUUCAAUUAGUAAAGAUCAAAUUGGUGAAUACAUAGGUGGACACCAUGAGUUGAAUAUAAAUGUUCUGAGUGAGUUUACUGACCUAAUUAACUUUUAAGAUCGUAGGAUUGAUGUUGCUAUGAGACAAUAUUUAGAAACUUUUACUUUACCUGGAGAAGCAUAAAUUGUUGAUAGAAUUCUUCAGAAAUUCGGUGAUAAAUUUUAGAGAGAUAAUCCUUAAACUUUUUAGAGUGCAGGAGGUGCUUAUACUCUUUCUUUCUUGCUUAUCAUGCUUCAGACAGAUAUGUACAAUCCUUAGGUAAAAGAUAAGAUGAAGUUGGAAGAUUUUAUAAAAAUAGCUAAGAAUAUAGAAGGUGAACAUUUCGAAACUGACUAUUUAACAGAGCUAUACAGAAGUAUAUAAAAAGAGCCUUUAGCUCUUCACGAAAAAGCAAAGACUGUAAAGAAUUUAUAAGAUUCUAUCUCCACUACUAUGAGAAAAAAACAAGACUUGUUCCUUUAAGAGACUUAAAAAAUGAUCGAGAAAGGAAAAAAUUUGAUUUCUGAGAAAAAUAAACUUUCGAGCAAAUUUAUUAAAGCUAAUUCUAUGUAUUACAUAGGCCCUCUAGUUGAAACAAUAGGACCUAAGAUUUUAAGUGCUUUUAAGCAUGCAUUAGAAAACUGUGAUGAUGAUAAGACAGUCAGAUUUUCAUUGGAAGGCUUCAAUAGCACUAUUUUGCUGAGCUGCCAUUUUAAUUUAGAAUAAGAAAGAAACUCAUUUGUAGAAGCUCUUUGCUAACAGUCAAACCUCGAAAACUUCCCAAAUAGUUUUAAGAAAAAAAAUUACUCAGUUAUUAAGCAAGUAUUGCAUUUAUCUUAAAAAAUUGGAAACAGUCUGCAUCAAUCAUGGUUGCCGAUUUUAACUUUAAUCAGCAAGUUGAAUGAAAAUAGGCUUAUAUAAAACGGAGCAGAUAAAAGACCCAGUGGUAGUGGUAGGAGACCAAGCAGCUUAGUCCUUACUGAUUCAGAGUGGAGUCUUUAGCAAAGCUAUGUAGAGAGCGAUUACAUAGAUAGAAUAUAUGCUAAAAGCACACAACUUGAUGGAGAGAGUAUUUAAGACUUUAUUACUGCUCUUUGUCAAGUUUCUAAAGAUGAGCUAACUAGUAAAAGUUAAACUCCUCGUAUUUUUUCUUUGUAGAAAAUAGUAGAAAUUGCUGAAUUAAACAUGGAUAGAGUUGUUAUUGUCUGGAAUAGAAUAUGGGCAAUUAUUAGAGACCAUUUUGCAGAGGCUGGAUGUCACUAGAACCCUUAGAUUGCUAUUUUAGCAGUUGAUAGUCUGAAACAGCUCUCAUAAAAAUUUUUUAUUAAGGAAGAGAGAUUCAAUCAAUAAUUCUAAAGAGAUUUCUUAAAACCUUUCGAAAUUAUUUUUUAAAAUGUCCCAAUCUAAAACUUAUUCAUUAAAGAUUUUAUCCUAGACUGCUUUAAAAAUUUUCUUGGAAAUAAGACUAUAUAUAAAAAAAUCAAAUCUGGCUGGAGAAUUAUAUUUAAUAUUCUCGGAUUUGCUUUGCUAGAAGAAUCUGACGAGCUCUCUCGCAAUGCUUAUAACAUUAUAAAAGGAAUUAUGGAGGAAAAUCUGGACACGAUACAUGAUGUCUUUGUUGAUUUGGUGCAAUGCCUCAAUAAGUUGAGUAAAAAGAGAUAAGAGGAUUUAGCAUUAGCCUCUAUUGAGCUAGUUUAGAAAUGCUUGUACUACUUAGCUGAUAAAUCUCAUGUAGUUCCUAAGUCAAAAUUAUCAUUUUCUUCCCUUCAAUCUUAAUCAUCCGAUCCUAAUAUUAAUUCAUAAACAGGUGAGCAUUCUAAUACUCACCAAACUAAUAAAAAAUCAAACGAAAGCUACUGGGUUCCUCUACUUGGUGUUUUAUCAAACUUAUGCGGAGACCAUAGACCAGAAAUUUAAGAAAAAAGUAUGGAGUCAUUAUUCAACAUCCUUACAGAAUACGGUUACACUUUUUCAAUAGAAUUUUGGAAGAUGAUAUUCUAAGGAGUAUUGAGACCCUUAUUCGAUGAAAUUUAAUUUACCUUCCAAACAAAAUCACAAAAGUAAUUGAAUAACACUCAAAAUAAUAGAAAGUUUAACUGGCUCAAAUAAUCUUGUAAUAAGGCAUUCCAUCAUAUCACAAACUUGCUCUUUGAUUAUUAUGAUGAAUUGCAAUCACUUGUGAUUGAGUUUAUCAAGACUUAUGAAAAUUGCAUAAACAAUACAAAUGAAUAGCUGAUAAAGUAAUCUGUAACAGCUGCCAAAAAUACAAUCAUUUAACUAGGUCCUAAAUUUAAAUCAGAAGAUUGGGAUAUGAUAAUUGGAUUUUUUGAAAGAAUGAUCAGAUUAACUACUCCUUAAAAGCUUUUGAGCAUUAAUUCAGACGAAAAUGGAUAAAAGAUAGCUUAAGAUGUCAAAGGAAAGAGGAAAGAAUCUCUCAUGUAUUUUUAUAAUUAAAAAAUUAACUUUGAUGAUGCAAACGCUUAAUCAAAAGCAUAGCUUUUACUGAUUAAGGUUAUCUAAGAUGUUAUAAAUUCCUUUUAAGAUAAACUAUCUUCAAAUUAACUUGAUAAUCUCUGCAACAUCCUAGACAAAUCCUAUCUUUUUGCUAUUGAAUUUAACUCUCAAAUAUUUUUGAGAUACUGCUUAUGGAAGACAGGAUUUAAUCCUGAGUUAAAGCAAUUACCAGGAAUACUAAGAUAGGAGAGAUAAGCUUAGGCAAUGAGUUUGUACAUCAAAUAUACACAUUAUAGAAAAUAAAUGAAGUCAGGAUCUUGCUUUAAUUAUAAUGACCUAAUAGAUAAAUUAGUGGAAUACAUGACACUCUUCUUAAAAAAGCACAAAGAUUUACUUAAGAUUAUUGAAAGUGAAAGAGAAAAAAGAAAUACAGAUGAAAGGAGCUAUUAUGAUAGCUAUGAAAGAUUGGAUGUUCCAGAUUUAAACGAAGAAACUAUCGAUCUUGUUGUGCACAAAAUAAAACUCACCGAAGUAGAGAGAGAUGUUAACAAUCAUCGCACUAUGAUAUCAGAGACCGUUCUUCCUAUUUUAGAAAAAAUUGAUUUGUCACAUAUGAAAGAAAGAGUAAAAGAAAUAUACUGUAUUCUUAUAGAUAUGACUUAAUAUAGCUAAAAUAGAAGCUUUAGUUAGAUGGUUUGCUAGCUUUGCAAAAAUUGUAGUAGAUGCUAGAAUUUAGAUGAAGAUCUAGAUAUCUUUAUAAGAAAAAUAUUAAAAAAGCUAUUUAAGUUUAUUUGCGACAAUCCUUUACCUGCUUAAGCUCCAGUAGCUUAGGUUGUUUUAGAAUAAAGUGCUUUGCUAAAAUCAGUAAAUUAAAAUCCUAUAAUUAUUGCUAAUUAGGAGAAUGAUAAUGAUAAACAGUUGAAUAACCAAUAAAUUACUAAUUAGAAAUCAAUUAAUUCAGACUAUGUAAAAAUAACAAAUAGCUCCUCUUCGAUACCUGAAGUAACAAAUGAAAUAAAUGCUGAAAUUGAUGAAGUAUAAAAUGAAAAUGACAAAUAAAAAGUAAAUAUAAUAAGGAGUGAGUAACAUUAUCAAGACGAUUCAGAUAACUAGCUAAAAAUUGAAAAAAAUUUAAUUAAAUAAGUUGCAGGAGAUUAUGAUGAAGAUGAUUUAAAUGGAUCAGGAAAUAAAAAUUUAAAUUAAAAUAAUUAAAUAAAUAUUAACAGCAAUGAUAAUAGUAAGUCCAACAGUGAAAACAAUAUAGAUCAAAACUAGUAAAGCAAAUGA